AUGGACGUGCAUGGAUCCGACGCAAGCCCAUUCCAGACUCGUAGGACGAGGUCCUGGUCUCCGGCCUUGUCUAGAUCGAGCUCGGAGGUGGACGUGGACGAUGAGGAAGCCAAGGUCCUCUUCGAUGCCUGUCGCUUUCCGAGGGCGGGCGACUUGCUGGACUGGGUCGUCGGCGAAGAGCCGUGGCAGCGCGCAGAGACCUGCGAUGGGUCUGCAGUGCGGGUCGUUGGAGAGACAAGCGCUCUGAAGCGCCUCUUCGAGCUGCCUCUGAAGGAGGCCGGCGAGGCCCUGUCUCUGCACAGAAUUGGGAACUGCCUUGUCGUCCUUGAUGCUGCCAAGCCAAUCUCAGACGACGAGGAGUGGCAGCAAUCUGCAAGCUUCGACGACAUAUCGUCGCCAAGGUACUCUCCACGGCAGGUCGCCGCCUCUCGCUGCCAGGUUCGUGUCGAUGGGGAGAUGGUGCGAGUGUUCCCGACCAUCCAAACAGCAGAACCGGUCAACGUCGACAGCCCAUCAGCUCCUGCAACGCCGUGCUGUGAGUGGCAUGUCCGCGAGGGCCUCUCCUUGGUUGCUGUCACCUCCAUGAGUUCUGGCAGCACCUUGGACUCAAGGAGCUCUCAAUUUUUGCUUCUGGAUCGACAGUCGAGUGUCAAAGGCUUCAGCAUUGAGCGUUUGGAGUUUGCAGGAAACCUCAUCGUACCGCAGCCCGACGGACCAUCGCUUCCGAGGUACCACCGACGAGUGACGGAGGAUCGUACAGUGGUGCUGGUGGUGCCGCUGAACUCCCCGCUUGAGACACGAACGCUUAUAGACUCUUGGUUGUCGUGUUGCUUGCAAGGCUCACCAUCGCUGCUCUGCUUCUUUGUGGACGCAGAUGGUAUCUGCCGUGGAUGCAGAUUCGUGCUGGCAGCAGACAUACCGCACCUGGAGGAAAUCGCCAAGGCUUACAGAGACGAGCAGAGAUGUCUGGUCGACGAAGAUGCGGCCUCCAGUGCUUUCGAUCCGACAGUCCUGCGAGAAGCCAGCCGCUCUCUCUUGGAGGUUCUGGUCGAUCGAUGUGAUCGUGAUGGAGGCCAUUUCUUGUUGGUGCCAGGGCCAUUGGGGCCGAGACUCUUCGCGGGGUCCGGGUGGGCGACUCUGAGCGGAGCGAGUCGCCUCCUGAUGCAGCUUCACACUGCGUCGCUGCAUGUUGUCCCGUGUGGCAAGGCCCGAGCCAUCCGAUGA